AACAUUAUAAUUGCAGCAGUCGAGGUGUUAGGAGGUGCAAAACCAGGCAGAGAGAUGGCAUUUCCCCAUCCCCGUGUGCUGUCAGACCGAGAGAGACAGAGAACUGAAAACUCAGCGCAGGCAGUGCUGUGACAGCGACUGCUGGGGACUGCUCUGUCCCUGACAGGGACCCUUUGAUUUUCAGCUUGAUUCCUCUGGUCUAUCCUUUAGAGCCAGGCUCAGGGACUGCCCACUGGGAAGCGGAGGAGAGGAAGAGACCGAUUUGGAAAGCCAGAGAGGAGGAGGAGGGGGAGAGGCAGAGGGAAACCCAGCCCACCCUUUGCCUUCCUCCUGCCUCCUUCUAAAACUUGCAGAUCCUUCCAGCCUGUCCGAGCGCCUGAAGUUCCCUCAGCCGUGCUGCCGGGACUGCGAGGUCUGCUGAAAGAUGAGGGCCUGGAUUUUUUUCCUUCUCUGCCUGGCAGGCAAAGCCCUGGCAGCACCGCAGGAGGCUCUGCCCGAUGAGACAGAGGUCAUCGAGGAUCCCACCACAGAGGAGCCUGUGGGGGCUAACCCUGUCCAGGUGGAGGUGGGAGAGUUCGAGGAACCCACGGAGGAUGUAGAGGAGAUUGUUGCAGAGAACCCCUGCCAGAACCAUCACUGCAAGCACGGCAAGGUGUGUGAGGUGGAUGACAACAACUCUCCCAUGUGUGUGUGCCAGGACCCCUCCAGCUGCCCUGCCAGCGCCGGCGUCUUCGAGAAGGUCUGUGGCACUGACAACAAGACCUACGACUCCUCCUGCCACUUCUUUGCCACCAAGUGCACCUUGGAGGGAACCAAGAAGGGACACAAACUGCACCUGGACUACAUUGGGCCUUGCAAAUUCAUCCCUGCCUGCCUGGACACGGAGCUGACCGAGUUCCCCCUGCGCAUGCGGGACUGGCUCAAGAACGUGCUGAUCACGCUGUACGAGCGCGACGAGGACAACAAUCUGCUGACCGAGAAGCAGAAGCUCAAGGUGAAGAAGAUCCACGAGAACGAGAAGCGCCUGGAGGCCGGUGACCACACCGUGGAGCUCCUGGCCAGGGACUUUGAGAAGAACUACAACAUGUACAUCUUCCCUGUGCACUGGCAGUUUGGGCAGCUGGACCAGCACCCCAUUGAUGGGUACCUGUCCCACACGGAGCUGGCCCCGCUGCGUGCCCCCCUGAUCCCCAUGGAGCACUGCACCACUCGCUUCUUCGAGGCCUGCGACCUGGACAACGACAAGUACAUCGCCCUGGAGGAGUGGGCCAGCUGCUUUGGCAUCAAGGAGAAGGACAUAGACAAGGAUCUCGUGAUCUAAACGCUCACCUUCCUGCUCUGCUGCCAACUUUGUCAUGUUUUAACCUUCCCACUUCCUUUGGUUUUUAAACUGCUUUUGUUUUGUUUUGUUUUUCCCUGGGAACAAGGUGCUAAUAUAGGUCUAAACAUAUGUAGUAACGGUGCUAAGAGAAAUAACAGUCCUCAUUCAUAGCCUUAUCUAUCACCACUAGAUUACUCACCCAGCUGUUUCCACACGCUCUCACCAGCCUUUUCUCUCUCCUGCGUCUUUACUGCUGAUUGUUCCUGUGCUAAAUAUCCGCUCUGCCUCACCAUCCGCUCUCAGACUUCUCUUGACUUCUCGCUAGCAGCACGUUCCUGGACACUCAGACACAAAACCCUCUCAGCUGAUUCACCACCCCAGGCACAGAUGCCAGCGAGGGAAGGCAGAGCCAGAGGAUGUAGGAGGAUUGGGUUCUCAAGCAGAGCAGCUGCAGGUGGCAUUGUGGCCACCCAGCUCGUGGUAGGAAGGAUGGAGAGGGGUGAGAAAGACAGAGUGGUAGGAUUUUGUUUUCCUUUUUUUUUUCCCCUCCCAUUCCCAGGGUUUAGCAGUUAUUGGGCACAGAAAAAAAAAAAUAAACUGAACAAGCAAAUAGGGAAGCGCACAGAAUUUAAAACAAAUAAGAUGAAAUUAUUCCCAUCCUGUAAAAUCCUCUUGAAUAAUAAAGGUUUGAAAGUGC